GAGGGAGACGCAGAGGCAAGCAAGAUGGCGGCGGCGGCUGCUCAGGGCGGGAGAAGCGGUGGUGGCGGAGGCAGUAGUGGGGCUGGCGGUGGCUCCAGCUGUGGGACAGGCAGUGGCCGCAGCGGUUUGUUGGACAAGUGGAAGAUUGACGAUAAGCCUGUAAAAAUUGACAAAUGGGAUGGAUCAGCUGUGAAAAAUUCUUUGGAUGAUUCAGCCAAAAAGGUACUUCUGGAAAAGUACAAGUAUGUGGAGAAUUUUGGUCUAAUUGACGGUCGCCUCACCAUCUGUACCAUCUCCUGUUUCUUCGCCAUAGUGGCUUUGAUUUGGGAUUAUAUGCACCCCUUUCCAGAGUCCAAGCCUGUUUUGGCUUUGUGCGUUAUAUCCUAUUUUGUGAUGAUGGGGAUCCUGACCAUAUAUACUUCAUAUAAGGAGAAGAGCAUUUUCCUUGUGGCCCACAGGAAAGAUCCUACAGGGAUGGAUCCUGAUGAUAUCUGGCAACUGUCAUCCAGUCUCAAAAGAUCAUGUCCUGCCAUCAGAGCCAUGGAACUGGACUCAAAGUCUGAAAAUUACUGUCAUAUCAGCAGUAGUUGAAUAGAGCUUGAGAAGAAUUUUUGAGGUAUUGAAACUAUUUAGAGACCUUUACUCCUAACUAUCCAGGUUGGAAGUAACUAGCUAGACAACAAUUUAUUGAGCUAUGAUUUUUUUUUUUGAGCACCGGUUGAUAAUGGGCACUGUUAUAACCAUAACAGUGAUCCUGAAAAAGUAGGUGGUACUUUUCCUGUUUUAAACAUGCAGAAAAAAAGCAGAGGCUCAAGCAUCUGCUUCCUCUAAAGGUAAUACCAGCCUGACAAUCCACUGAAUAUGCCCUAAUUAAAUGGAGACAGAGACAGGUGGAGUUGGAGGGAGGCAUGUCAACCUGCCAGGGGUCGAUGUUACAAACCCUCUUGAGUGAGUGGAGAUAGUAAAAGCCUUCAAGAUACCUUAAGGUGUAGCUAAGGGAUCUCUGGAGUUCAUGUAGUGAAAGAUAUCCCUGGGAUCAGGGUAGAACCUGGAGCUAGAUUGAUUACAGGGAACAAGGUCUGAGCAGCCUGGAAUUGGGGAACAUCUGUGAAAACAAAGGUUUUCUUCAUUUAUUAAUAAAAUUUGCCCAACAAGUUCCAAAUUAAGAAUAGAAAACAAGACAAAAAUCCUUGCCCUCAAGAAUCCCUAAAACAGGGGCUUCCCUGGCAGUCCAGUGGUUAAGACUCCACUCUCCCAAUGCAGGGGGUACGAGUUCCAUCCCUGGUCAGGGAAGAUCCUGCAUGCCACGUGGCAGGGCCAAAAAAUAAAAAAAUAAAUUUCACAAGUGAUACGUGAAAAUUUAGAGAAAAAAAAAUCCCUGAAACUAGUGAAGAACAAAAAUACAUAAUUAUCAUUUCAGUAGGUAAUUUCAUUGACAGCAUAGGAGCCUAUCAUUAGACCUAGCAGAUGUUAGGCACUCAGUAUUUGGGGUUGACUAUUGACUGAUGGUACGUGGAUGACUAAGGCAAGACAUCUAACCCAGUUUGGGAAGGUUUUCCCAGAAAAGUUUAUACCCAAGUAUAGUAUUAACAAAUGGGAAUGUUUGUUAUAGACUAAGAAGUUAGUCUCACUAAUCAGGUGAGGCUGGAGAGGUGUCUACUAGGAAUACCCUUCUAGUAUAACAAGGAAGUGAAGGACAGAAGUGAGAGAAGAUGGUCCAUGUGUUUUAACAAUUUAUGACAAGGUAAAGGAGCAUACAGCAAUUAAAUCAGGGAAGACAUAGCAGUGCCUACAAAUCAGAACUUGUAUCCUGAAGGUGCCCCUGGAAUUUUUUUUUUUUUUUUUUGGAAACGGUAAUCCUGUAUGUUCCCUUACAUCACCAGUAGCCAGCUAAGCCCUGUUCUUCAAAAACACUCGGUGCUCUGUUGCUGGCUGAAUGUCUGUGC